UGUGUCUUAUCAAUGAGGUGCGUGUCAGGAUUCCCCGCCUUGGAGUUCCAGAGUUGAAGGUCGUUCGUGCAGUGAUUAGAGUGCAUUCUGUUUCUCAGACUGCGGCUGUGUUUUAUUAGGUCUCCGAAACAUGACUUACCAGAUCAGCAAAAUCGCGCAGCCUUUCUCCAGCUAUAUCCCUAAUGGGCUUCACAUCGGUAAACAGAUCCUUCUGCGAGGCCGGGUCUCUUACGGAACAGAAGCGUUUGCCAUAAAUCUUCAGCAGAAUGCAGAGCCAUGUGAUGGAGAAGUUGCAUUCCACUUCAACCCACGCCCCGGGGAGCAACAAUGCGUGCGCAACUCGUUCGAUGGAGGAAAUUGGAUGGACGAAGAGAGAGACCAACCCCACUUUCCGUUUGAUGAAGGUCGAUCAUUUACACUCCGCAUAGAGGUGGCGGAAGAGGGAUUCCGAACUUACGUGAACGGAAAGCCGUACAUCAAUUUUAGCCACCGUCUGGAUAUGGGAAAUGUCCACUAUCUGUACUUGACGGAGGGAGCCGAGUUUUACGACAUCAGUUACCAAGACCGAUAUACACUUCCAUACAAAUCUGAGAUUCCACAGCAGAUGAAUGUAGGGAAAGCUGUUAGAAUCCGCGGAGCAUCUCAAGACAACGAUGGCUUUAGUGUCAACUUUGCCUGCGACCCUGACAAUGAAAACUGCGCCUUUCAUUUUAACCCUCGACCAAACGAGGGCGUGGUUGUCCGUAACGCUAAUCUCGGGGGAUGGGGAGAUGAAGAGAGGGAUAAUGACGCAGAGUUCCCUUUUAACCCGUACAACUACUUCGACGCAAUGUUCGUCUGCACUGACGAUAAAUAUUUGGUUCAUGUGAAUGACAAGUAUUUCACGGAGUUCAACCAUCGGGGCGGCGUAAAUGAUGCUUCGUACUUCAACAUUGUGGGUAACAUGGACAUUCAGGAUGUGGAGUACUACGAGCCAUUGGAAGACGACUUUGUGAAAACUAUUCAUUCCGGUCUGGUAAAAGGGGACGUCUUGAUCUUUAGGGGAUUUAUGAAACCCGGAGGAGAUACGUUCUCCAUAAAUCUAAUGAAUGGCUUCAGUGUGGAGGAUGAUAUUGCAUUCCACCUGAACCCGAGGGUCGGGGAGGGACAGGUGGUCAUGAAUUGCUGCAUGGGUGGGGACUGGGGUGAGGAGGAGAGAGAAGACAUCCCCUCCCCCAUAGCAAACGGAGAACCAUUCGAGGUCAAGAUAGUGGUGAAAAGGAACAAGUUCAAGGUGUAUUGCAAUGGCAAGAAGUGCAUGAAGUUUGGCGCCAGGGGAAAUCUGGAGGAUAUUAAGGGCGUGAACAUAAGGGGAGACGCAUUUGUGUAUGAAGUCAAGCUAGAGAGGAAACUGGAGGAUUCAUGGGAAUGUCUUCCCGGAGGUUUCCGAGUAGGUAGCUGGAUCGUUGUACAAGCAAUCCCCAAGAAAGGUUCCGAAGGAUUCGCCAUUAACUUGCGCACUGGUCCAGAUGACGGAAGUGACAUAGCUUUCCAUUUUAACCCCCGCCUUCAGGAGAACUGCACCAUUAGAAACUCGUGUAGUGGUGGUGACUGGGGAGGAGAAGAGAGAGAGCAACCCGGAUUCCCGUUUGAGAAGAAGGACACCUGUGAAAUAGCCAUCCAAGCACAACCAGACAAGUUUGUGACGUAUGUGAAUGGACAACGCUAUAUCGACUUCAAUCAUCGCCUACCGUUGGAGAGUAUCUGUUAUUUAGAAUUGACCGGAAGUGCUGACUUCUUUGAGCCAAAGUUUUUCUAAAGUAUUGCAGUGAAAAUGAAGAAAAACAUCAUCUUCUUGCUUGAUCGCUUCCUAUGAUUAUAUCAAAGCUUGUGGCUGCUUUGUUUACACUUGGACAUUACGUUUUCGGUUCUGCAUUUAGAGGUUAAGGAAAUCUCGCCGCAAUUACUUCACGUGACAGCUUCACGAGAUUUUUCAUGUUAAAGACAAUAAUUGUGAUGCCAACAACUGUGAUUUUCUAAGGUUAUUAAAUAAAUGACUUAGAUUUGAA